ACUCCUCCGGUGGCCUCCCCUCCACACAGCCUGGCUGUUGAGAAGCCAGUCUGAAUAGGCCUCACCCACAUUCCCUGGCUGCUCUCCAGCCUGCAGGAGAGGGGCACCCUUGACUCCAGUGACUGUGAGUGCUGAGCAGAGGCUGCUGAAGGGAGCCCCUGAGUAAAGGGGGGACCCUCUGGCCUCCAGAUGUUAGGUCUUCCGGGGAACUCAACCUUUGUGAUUUGGAUCAUAGGCACCGUGCUGGCUUUCUUGAUGUUGCUGUUGCUGCUGGCCAUCUGUCUUUUCCACAGAUCACAGGAGCGUGACGUGGAGAGAAACCGAGUCCGGCAAGCCCAGCCUCGACUCCUUCAUGGCCGGCACCUGGCUCUCCUGGGAGUUGUUCGCCAUCACCAUUACCGUGGCCGUGUGUCUGGGUUGACCAGUGCAGGCUUUCGUCACCACCACCAGCAUCACCAGCAUCACCAGCAUCGCCACCAUCCUCAUCAUCACCACCACCACAACCAUCGCCAAGGAGCCCCCACUGAGUGGUGAACAGCAUCUGCCUGGCCCUGCCCUCCAUCCAGAACGGAUCCUGAUGAGCCUCUGGGGGGAAUGGGGGUACUGGGACCUGGGUUCUGUUUGGUUUCAUUUGUGUGUGAGCCCUUAUUCCCAUGUGCAAAGGAGAUCUGAGAACAGCCACGGUGGCCCUCUACAUAGCGUAAGACUGGGGCUUGGAGCAGGGCUGGAUGAACACCCCACCUUGUGACUGCCAUUUCUGGUGACCCUGAAAGUAACAAGGGUGUCUGGCAGAACCAGUGCCCAGCUGGAUAGAAAGUGUUGGUUUGCCUGGAAAGGCCCUGUGAUGUGUUUCCAGGCACAGAAUGUGAUAUGGGGCAGCCUGGUCCAGUCAUUGCUUGCUUUAAGAAACAAAAGCCACCAGAAGGCUUUUAUUUUUGUGGAAUGGUUCUCGACUGUAGCCCAGUGGAAGGGAGGGGCCCCCAGGGCUGUGCUCCAGAGCUCUGGGACCUGUUCUAGACGAGGAGCUGGGCCUGGGGUCUGGCUGUGGAGUAGGGAGAAGUGGAUGGUUCCUGUGUAAUCUCUGAGGAGGAAUUCACUGUGCAUGGCCCCAGGGCUUUGGAGACCACCUAGACUGUUCCUUGAGCACUGGCCUGCAGUGCCCCUCCUAGCCUGGUCCAGGGCCAGUGCUGCCCUCGGCUGCUCUGGGUCCAGUGUCGCAGGGGCUGAGCAGGGAUUCUUACCCAGACCCGAGUCUCCAGCCAGACUGUUCGCAGACACACAGCAGUGGCUGAUAAGUCUAGAGGGAGGGAAGAGCUAACUGUUUGGAGAGUCGGGUGGCAUUAAGAGAAUGCUUGCCUGACCCGGGCCUCAGUUUCUCCUUUCUUACAGUGGAAUGGAUAAUAGAGAGUCCUUCCAAAGCCAACAGGCAAGGACCGAAUACACUAUGAUUAAAUGGUUGGCUCCAUGAAGGGGAAGGAAAUCUCGUCCCAGCCUGAGCCUGGGAACAAGGGAGAAGCAGGGCAAGGCUGAGUGGAGAGGGAAAUGGCCAGAAAGUCAGGGUGACUCACUGGAAUAGAAUGUCCUCUUUCCUUCCCUUUCCCAGUGGACUCUGUGAGGACUAGGGGAGGGGUGACCAGUGAGAGAGGAGUACAAACUCACAAUGACAACUACACUAGAUUCCUCUGAGGAGAAAGUAGAGCAGAGGGGCUGAUGGGUUGAUUUCUCUCUAGAGUUCCUUCACGCCCAUCUCUUCUUCCUCGCUGCCAUGCUUAGCCUGGCUCAGCCCUCAGCUGCUGCCCGUCUCCUGUCACAGCCUCCUGAACUCGGCUGCAGACCUGUCCACUUUAGCGUCAUAGGAAUUUUACAGAUCAGUCAAAGAUGGGAAAGAGGGAAAGUUUGGGUAGGAAAGCAAACCUAUAUGAGGCAGAAGAUAAUGGGAGUGGACAAGUGUUUUGCGUUCCUGUUAAAAAUGCUGGGCCAUUCCCCAGCCUCCAACCCACACCCACUCGAAGAACAGGCAAAGAGAAGCACCAUAAUCGACCAGACUUGCAGCGGCCGCUGGGGCUCAUCCCCCAGGCCCACCAGGCGACGCUGGGAGUGAAUUGUCUCUCCACGGCUGGCUGCCCCAGUUGAGACAAAUACUGCCAAGUGUUUGGCUCCCUGUAGCCGUGUGGAGGAUGAGCCCAGCUUGUCCGGGCAUCUUAGGAAAGGGGCCGCGCUGGAACAGGACAGUAUUGUUUGCUCUCCUGCUCUGUGUGUGGGGUGUUUGCUCUCCCUGCUGCUGAGGUUCUCUUGGGUCUUGGAGAAACCAGAGAAGUUCCGGGCUGCAUGACCUUGGGCACAGCUCUCUGUCUUCUGGGGGAGGGAGGAAGGGAGGGGGUCCUGAUCAGGCACACGGCAGAAUCAGGUCAUUACUCCAUCUGUAUGGUCUAGUGAAGAGCGGGUUGCAGUGGAGGAAGGGACUCCUUGCUCUGCCACUGCAGCGGAGCUGGCCAGCCUGCACCUGAAAAUGGAGGUGCUCUGACUGCCCAGGGCUGUGGACCAGUGUUUGUGAGUCAGCGCCUGCCUGUGUUCAGUAUCCACACGUGCUAGUUCACCAGACUCCAUUUUCCAUAAUAUGGGGACAGGGCAGGCUGGUAACACAGACUCCUUUCUGGGUGGAAUACAGUCUCAGGAGGCACUGGUGUGAGUGGGCUUGGGCCAGGCUCCCUCCUCUGAUACUCUCAAGGGUCAGUUAAUGAUCUUGCAAGUGUGUGGGGCGGGCUAAGUGCUGUAGCUGAGGAGGUGGUGGCUGUGGGUCAUGGGCCUUCAACCACAAUUGGAGGAAGGGAUUCAGGAAGUACUCACAGCUGCUCAGGCAUCUCGGAGCCAAGUUCUAGGCAGCAACAAAAACACUGCCGGCUUCGGGGAAGAGAGUCAUGGCCACCUAGGGUGGUCAGCAGACGAGGUGUCUACAGCCACAGACGCAGCCCGGGGAGCUGCCAGUGGUGGAGCUGAUCACAGCCCUUGGAGGUCUGACCCAUGGUUAAAACUAGACCAAAGAUCAUCUGACUCCCUCAGAAAGGUUUGGUGGCCUAUGGUGGCACAACUCAAGGCCUCCGAGUCUUAGAAGAGGAGGAGAAGCCGUCGAGCACAGAGCCCGUGGUCACCAACAGCCCCAGCUUCUGAUGGGACACUAAGGCCAGCGCCGCCCGGAACUCAUGGAGACAGCAGUGAUUGGAAUGGUGGUAGUGCUGUUUGUCAUCACCAUGGCCAUCACCUGCAUCCUCUGCUACUUCAGCUAUGACUCAAAGAUCCAAGACCCAGCGAGGGGGCCCCGAGGCAGCUUCACCGUGGCCACGUUUCACCAGGAGGCCUCGCUCUUCACAGGGCCUGAUCUCCAGUCCCGGCCAUUGCCAAGUGCACAGAACUUCUGGACUGUUGUGUGAGGUGGCUAUGGGUCAGGCCCACCUACCCCUUUGAUAAGCAUUGUCUGAGGUCUCUCUGCUCUCAGGCCUCUAUCCUUGUCCUUCUGCACCCCACAAAUGUCAUACCUUUUCCCAUUCUGGCUUGCUGGGCCUUUUAUCCUGGGGAGCUGGGGUGUUGGGACCAGGCAUGAAUUACCUGUAAGCUGAGGAAUCUGCUGGGUCCUAUUCCCAGUGGGGCUGAGGAGCCUGAGGAGGUGUGGGUAGCCACUCUGUGGCAUUUUCUGGUGGGGUAGCUCCAGCGAGCUAUAGAACCUCACCAGGAGUUAGCACCCUGGCAACAGGGUGAUGUGACAAAGUUUAUUUGCCACCCAAGGAACCAGUACCCUCAAGUGGACAUUUUGAGAAACAUUUUUUUUGUUAGUGGUUUUGGACGCUGCCCAGUGCCCAACCCUCAGGCUUGCUCCUGUUGCCUGAGAUCAGCCCUGAAAAUUUGAAAACAAAGAGCUGUGUUCUGGGAACAAGUGACUUAUUUUAUAAUUGAGAAUGUAUAUCCUUUUAUGGGACUUUCCGAAUCGGCUUUGGGAAAACCACAAAAGGAAUCAGAAUAGCAGGAGAGCCACAGAAAGCCCAGGAAAGCCACCGAGAAGGCGUUAAACAUUCUGAACAACACUGGCUUUAUUGCUACAGUCUGACAGACCGGGUCUAUUCUUAGCAAAUGUGAGUGAUUCGCAUCACUUAGGAAUGAUAGAAAAAUCGUGAGCUGAAAGAUAAUUCCAAAAGAGUUAAAAUGUUGUUACCAUGUUUCACUGCAUGGGAGGAAGCUGCUGUUUUUACCACAAAUAAAGAGACACUUGUUUUUAUUACUAGGAAA